AUGGCCGCACUCCAGAGCCUCCGCUCCACCUACCGCAUGAACUCGGGCCACGAGAUCCCCGUCCUCGGAUAUGGCGUGGACUCGGCAAUCAUGUACCGCAACGAAAAGGCCUGCGGACGCGCGAUCAACAACUCAGGCCUGGACCGUUCGGAGAUCUUCUUCACGACCAAGAUCCCGCCCGGAUCGAUGGGCUACGAGCGCACUGCGCGCGCCAUCGAUACCAGCCUAAAGGAAGCUGAACAGGAUUACUUUGAUCUGUAUUCUCCCCUUCCCUCAAUCAAUUACAAGAACAAUACUAACGUCCGCAGAAUCCUAAUCCACGCCCCCUACGGCGGCAAACAAGCCCGUCUAGGCUCCUGGCGCGCGCUGGUGGAAGCCCAAAAAGCGGGCAAGACCAAAUCGAUCGGGGUAUCCAACUACGGCAUCCACCACCUCGAAGAGCUGGAGCAGUACAUCAAAGAAACCAAGAGCAGCCCGAUCGACGUGGGACAGUACGAGCUGCACCCGUGGCUGGAUCACUCGGACAUCGUGGAGUGGCUGCAGAAGCGGAAUAUCGUGGUGGAGGCGUACUCGCCGCUGGCGCAUGGGACGCGCAUGGGUGAGGCGCUGCUUGCGUCGCUGGCGAAGAAGUAUAACAAGUCUCCGGCGCAGAUUAUGAUUCGGUGGGGGUUGCAGAAGGGAUUUGUUCCUCUGCCGAAAUCUGUCACACCUAGUAGAAUCAAGGAGAACUCGGAGGUGUUUGAUUUUGAGCUGGAGGAGGGGGAUAUGAAGGUGCUGCAUACGGGGGAAUAUGAACCGACGGAUUGGGAUCCUACCGUUGACUAUGAUUGA